AAGAGGGAAUCACUCUUCCAGUGCUGUGCGGACAGUUUGUCAGCUACGGCUGGUUUCUGCACUGCUCCAUGCUGCAGACAGCACAGCCACAAUGCAUUCUCUGCUGGAUUAGAGAAAGUCCACAGACAGCCCCAAAUUACAUAGGUGGCCUGUCACACUCACAAGUUCCUUAUUGCUUGGAUUCAACCGUCGGAAAAAAAAAUGCAGUUGCCACUGAAGUCAGAGACCAACAGACUUCUACACUGAUCUUUUAGAAGGCAAGGGUAAGGACAAAGUUUCUGGAUUUACUUUUCAACAGACACAAAAGACGCUGUGAUACAACUUCAUUUCAAAAUGAAGGCUUUUGUUUGGACCCUAGGUGUGAUACUCUUUCUACUGGGCAUUGGUCACUGCAAAGGAGAACAGUUCAAAAUAAAAAAAGUAACCCAAAGGAGAUAUCCCCGUGCCACAGACGGUAAAGAGGAAACAAAGAAAUGUUCAUAUACAUUCUUGGUACCUGAGCAAAAAAUAACAGGGCCAAUCUGUGUCAACACCAAAGGUCAAGAUGCAGGUACUAUUAAAGACAUGAUCACCAGGAUGGACCUUGAGAACCUGAAGGAUGUGCUCUCUAGGCAGAAACGAGAGAUAGACGUCCUGCAAUUGGUGGUGGACGUAGAUGGGAACAUUGUAAAUGAGGUAAAGCUGCUGCGAAAGGAGAGCCGGAACAUGAACUCUCGAGUCACUCAACUCUAUAUGCAACUAUUACAUGAGAUUAUCCGGAAAAGAGACAAUUCACUCGAGCUUUCCCAGCUGGAAAACAAAAUUCUGAACGUCACCACAGAAAUGCUGAAGAUGGCAACAAGGUACAGGGAACUAGAGGUGAAAUAUACUUCCUUGACUGAUCUUGUCAAUAACCAGUCUGUGAUGAUCACAUUGUUGGAAGAACAGUGCUUGAGGGUAUUUUCCCGACAAGACACCCACGUGUCUCCCCCUCUUGUUCAGGUUGUGCCACGCAACAUUCCUAACAGCCCCCAGUACACGCCUGGUCUGCUAGGAGGCAAUGAGAUACAGAGGGAUCCAGGGUAUCCCAGAGAUGUUAUACCACCACCAGAUGUGGCAACAGCUCCCACAAAAAGCCCUUUCAAGAUUCCAGCAGUGACUUUCAUCAAUGAAGGUCCAUUCAAAGACUGUCAGCAAGCAAAGGAAGCUGGGCACUCGGCCAGUGGGAUUUAUAUGAUUAAACCUGAGAACAGCAAUGGACUGAUGCAGUUAUGGUGUGAAAACAGUCUGGAUCCUGGGGGUUGGACUGUUAUUCAGAAAAGAACAGAUGGCUCUGUCAAUUUCUUCAGAAACUGGGAAAAUUAUAAGAAAGGGUUUGGAAACAUUGACGGAGAGUACUGGCUUGGACUGGACAAUAUCUAUAAGCUCAGUAAUCAAGACAAUUAUAAGCUGAUGAUUGAAUUAGAAGACUGGAGUGACAAGAAGGUCUAUGCAGAAUACAGUAGCUUUCGUCUGGAAUCUGAAAGUGAAUUUUACAGACUGCGCUUGGGAACUUACCAGGGGAAUGCAGGGGAUUCUAUGAUGUGGCAUAAUGGUAAACAAUUCACCACACUGGACAGAGAUAAAGAUAUGUAUACAGGAAACUGUGCCCACUUUCAUAAGGGAGGCUGGUGGUACAAUGCCUGUGCACACUCUAACCUCAACGGAGUAUGGUACAGAGGAGGCCAUUACAGAAGCAAGCACCAAGAUGGGAUUUUCUGGGCUGAAUACAGAGGCGGGUCCUACUCUCUGAGGGCAGUGCAGAUGAUGAUCAAGCCCAUUGACUGAAGAGAGACAGUCUCCAAAGAAACCACAGAGCUUUACUGUUCAGUUCCCCAAGUGUAAACACUACAUGUUACUUGGCACAAUUUAUUUUUACAGGUACAGUUUAUAAAAUAAAUUGUACUGUGACUGUAAGAAUGUAUCUGUGAAUAUAGUUCCAUUUUCCCUUAAUAUGCUACAGAAGAUUAUUUGUAUGAAAAUCCUUGUUAUUUUAGGGAUUAUAUUGACUGAAUACAGGUAAAUGUAAAUAUGUGCCAUGAUGUAAAACAAAUCUUAGCUUUAUUUUGAAUCAAAUCCAAAUACAUGCUUAAGACACUUAAUGAUUUAUUUAAAAAAAUAUAACACUGCUCUAACUUCCAAAGAAAAAGUAAUUUUAAGAUUUCAGCCAUGCAGUUAAUUUUAUUUAUAAAAAUAUAGACAGGAAAUUAGAGAAAGAUCUCUAGUUUUGCCACUGAAAAUAUGUUUUUCCACUGAAUAAAAAUUUAAAAUAAAAA